AUGUCCAAGGGGGACUUCACUACAUUCCAGUUGAGAGGGGCUGCUAAGAGAUGGUGGUGGACGUAUGAGCUGCUGUCUCGUCAUGCUGCUUUCUUGAUCCCCACGGAGGCAGAUAAGGUGAGACGAUUCAUUGAGGGGUUAACUUAUGGUAUCAGGAUUGCUAUGGCCCUAGAGUUAGAAACUGGUACUACUUUUCACCAGGUUGUGGAGAUAGCUCGGAGGAUUGAGUGUAUUCGUAAUUAUGGAGAGAGGGUUCUUCUAGCAGGUAUUCGUGCCAUCAAGGGGAGAUGCAAGUUCAGCAGCCUCCAGCAACUAGUUGCAAUGAAUGUAGAUGGGGAGGUCAGGCAGCCAAAGGAAAUCCUAGAGGAGGGGGCAAGGUUGGAAGUGGAUAGACCAAUGGUAAUCAAGCUCGUUACUGUGCUGUUUCGGGUUGCCAGGGUAUUCUCCAAGAAUGAUUUGAGAUCAGGUUACCACCAGUUGAAGAUUAGGGCAUCACCCAUCCCUAAGAUAACUUUCAAGACUCGUGAUGGGCACUAUGAGUUUUUGGUGAUGUCUUUUUGUUUAACUAAUGCCCCAGUAGCUUUCAUAGAUUUGAUGAAUCGGGUGUUGAAGCCCUAUUCAGAUUCUUUUGUGAUUGUGUUCAUUGAUGAUAUUCCGGUUUACUCUCGUAGUAGGGAGGAGCAUGAGUAA